AUGUCGCCCUGCGCUCUCUGGCGGCGCCUUCAUCCAGACGACAUGAAGUCUUCCUCCGGCCGCCUGCUGAUGGUAAAGUUAAAAUGUCCGCCGUCUGCACCAAUCAGAGUAAAUCAAUCAAAAUGGCCGACGGCGUUUAGGAAACCAACAUGGAGGACAAUCCAUCAGUUCGUCCCUCCAGGUCUCACCUUCUCUCUGUUUCCAUGGCAACCUGCAGGUGUCUCUGUGCUGCUGCUGUGUGGAGCGUCUGCGUCUCCAGUGUCUCUGUCCGUCAGUCCAAACCUGCAGCAGUUCUUCAUCGGGGAUUCCUCCGUGUCUCUGAACUGUCUGCAUGAGGGACGGACAGCAGAGGGAUGGACGGUGAGGGGGACCGGACCGGCUGGGGACUGUGGACCGCCUGGUUCUGGUUCCGGUCCAUCCUGUGUCCUCAGCCUCUCUGGACCUUCAGCUGGACGGUUCUGGUGUGAAGCGUCUUCUGGCCAGAGGAGUGACAACGUCAGCAUCACGGUGCUGGGUAAAGGUCUCAUCCUGGAGAUCCCGGCCCUUCCUGUCAGAGCAGGAUGUGAUGUCACGCUGCGCUGCAGGCGCAGUAACGGUGACAUCACUGCGGCGUUCUUCUUCGUGGGUCAGCGCCGGCUGGGAUCCGGACCGGAGCUGGUUCUCCAGCCGGUCCGCCGGGCCGACGAAGGCUCUUAUUGGUGCUCCACGGACCGGUUUGGGAGGUCUCCUCUCAGCUUCCUGAGGGUCACAGAUCCUCCUCUUCCUCACGCCACCACUCCUCCUCCUCUGGUGUCGGGUCCAACCCGUCCUUCAUCGUCUCCUCCUCUUCCUCCUUCAUCGUCUCCUCCUCUUCCUCAGGCCUCUGGUGUCUCGGUUCCUCGCCAGCUCUGCCACCUGCUGGUCAUCUGUCCGUACUGCGCCUGCAGCGUCCUGCUGCUGCUCAGGUGCUGCAGCAGGAAGUCGGGUGGAGCUCCGCCCCCUCACCUGGCCUUUCUGGCUCCGCCCACAGGAUCCCAACCCACCGUCGCCAUGGAGACCGCACAGCCUGCAGAGCUGGACCUCGUCACCACGGAGCACAACUUCUGAAGCUGGACCCUCCAGAACCACCGACCAGGUUCUGGUACCAGUCAGAACCGGUCCUGGUACCAAACAUCUGGACCUGGUACCAGCUGUUGGAAAUAUUAGUGUAAUUAUGCUAAUUUUAAUGCUAGUUUAAACUUUAGCACUUGUUGAAAUAUUAGAUUGUUUUAAGUUUGAUUUUAGGUUUGAUUUAGACUCAGUAUAAUCAAUAACUUAAUCAAUAUUUUUCUUAGAUAUAUUGAUCACAAUUUGAUUAAAAUGAAUCUAAUCAGUAGUUUUUAUAUUCGAUCACAUUAUUAAUAAAUCAUAAAUUCGUCUGAAAUUGUUUUAGUUAUUUAUAAACCAAAGGAGCUGAAAAUUAAUCAGAAAAUAUUGAGUGUAAAAAAUGUUUUGGUAUUAAAAUCUGUUCAUGUCUGUUUUAUCAGAGUUUGAAGAUUUUAUAUGAAACAUGUUUUAAUUUUAUAAUCUGCUGUUUGAUGGAUUCUGGUGAUCAUGAUAAAAUGUUGAUGUGAUUUUAUGAAUUUGACUGAAUAAAUUCUGAUUAUGAAGUUGAA